AUGGCUGUUGAUACGCUCGAACCAACGAAGAAAAGGAAACAUCAUCAUAAUAAAGGCGAAGAUGGCGAAAGGAAGCAUCACCACCAUAAAUAUAAGUCACAAGAUAACGGAGAAAAGAAGAAACAUCGUAAAUCUGCGGCUAAUGCUGAUGAUUUAGAAAAACAUCGGAAGAAACAUCACAGAUCCAAAGCUGACGACGGAGAAAAUGAUGAAAAUCCUCAGGGAAAGAAACAUAUUAAGCCUGCAAAGAGUGCAGACGUAAUUACCCUUCAGCAGAACAAUUCCAAGAAGGAAGAAGAGCCAAGCCACCUUAUUUCAUCCGAAAACCAGUUCAGAGAGUCAACAUCUGAAAAUCUAAAAAGCGAUGAGAUGAUUCUCGAAGAAGAGAUCAAAGAAGACAACAUACAAUACGCAGUUCGCGAGGAAGUUGACAUGGAAAACACUGCAAAAGAAGAUUGUAUAAUCGAAAAACAAGAAUCUCCUGAAGAAAAGACCGCAAGAUUGGAAUUCCUAAGCAAGAUCCGCGAUGUUUAUAAUGUCCACGAUCAACAAUUACAAGAUAUCGCUAUCAAAUUCUGCGGAACAGAGCUCAGCCACCUUGCCUUCAAAUACUUUGCAUUUCCUACAAAUAGAAACAUGAUUUUCACUGAUCGAAUCAUCGAACCUCUUAAAAAGUACAGAAUUUUCGAAUUUGGCAAUCUUUCCGACGAAAAGAUCACAGAGAUGUUCGAACCAGUACUUCUUUCCAUCAAAUACGCCGUAAAUACUGACAACGGCUUAGUUGGAUCUCUCGAAUUACUUUCUAUCCUCAUAAACUUCGGAAUUCAGUUACAGAUGAUUGCAGGACCUUAUACUUCAGCACAUUUCCCUGUAAUUCGUAAGAUCGAAGAGUAUAUCUCAAAAAUAAUGAAUAUUUUGAUGCAAAAACUCUUCUCAAGCUUCGGAACUUUCAUUGUCUGUGAUGGAGAAAACAUCACAUUCGAUAAGGAAUCGAAUAUCCAACUAGAAGCAACAUCCGCAAUUUUCAAGGAGUCAAUUACGAAGUUUAACAUUCCAGAAGAGGUUGUUCAGUCCAUUGUUGUAUCCUGCGCCAACUACUUCGCUUCAAUCGUCUUCAAUGUCCUUGUUUCCACUUGUAAUAAGUUUAAAUCUGACAAUAUUGUAUCUCUUUUACAGAAACUACGUGAAAUCCAGGGUUUAUUCGUCUGCCUGCCUUCCAAUUUCCCUGAAGCGUUCGGUUCCAUACUUAGAUUGAUCGCAAUUGUUCAAUCUCUCGAAGGAGGAACUACAUUGCAGAGAAUGAAGGUCGACGCACAACUCUGGAGGUCAGUAGCAGAGAGAAUGGAGCAUCCUGUGCUUCCUGAGGGAGUUUCUUUGGAUGAUAUUUCGGAACCAACAGAAAGAAACGAUUUGAAGGUACCUGUGAAGCAAAUGGACAUCCAGUUCACGUUUGAGUGGCUUUUCACCACUUCCGCAACAAACAAUUACGAUGAAGACGACAACAGCGAAUCUGAGGAUGAGGAUCAAUAA